AUGGUUGAGGUUAGUAAAGGCUAUGUGAUAGUUCUGGAGUCACUUUUGAAGAAGCAGAAAAGGGCUGAGGACUGGGCUCAAAAGAAUUUGAGGAGGCAAUGCAUAAGCUCUGAGACCAAAAAAUUGAUUUGCAAGAAAGCAAGAGAUAUUAAUGUUAUGCACCCAAGAACCAAGAAAAUUCUUCAGCUUCGGAGAUUGAGACAGAUCUUCAAUGGCGUCUUCUUAAAAGUAAACAAGGCCACUGUGAACAUGCUGCACGGGGUUGAGCCUUACGUCACUUACGGAUACCCCAACCUUAAGAGCGUUGAGGAGUUGAUUUACAUGCGUGGAUAUGGAAAAUUGAACAAGCAAAAAAUUGCUUUUACUGAUAAUUCCAUCAUCGAGCAGAUGCUGGGCAAGUAUAGAAUAAUCUGCAUGGAGGAUUUGAUUCACGAGAUCAUGACUGUGGGGUUGUGUAUACCCAGCAAGGUCGGGAUUGAUCUAUGGUCAUGGCAAUAUGAGCUCAAGCCGCCGCACCGGAGAACACUCGAGGAGGCAAGGAUCUGA